AUGCCCAACAUGGAGAGGGGCAAGCCAGCCACUUACACCGGCGACAAGAAGGCAAAGAUGGCUGCAAAGACCAAUAAGAAGUGGCCGCGAUCAUCCUGGCCAUCUACUACAGCCUCAUAUGGUCUCCAAACAAGUCAAACAGCCCCCCUACCACCCCCAGCCCCCCCCACCACCGCGAGCAUCAACGGGACGGACAGCAACAGCACGCGGGCGACUCCGCUCCCCAUCAACGCCACCGGCACCAACGCGUCUCUAGAGCCGACGCACGCGUCCCUCUCCAAAGGCGCGCGCUCCCAACGCGCGGGUCUCUACACACACGCGUCCGGCGACAUCUCACACACCCAGACUGCAGAGAAAACACAGCCUUCCCGGGGAGAGCAGACCCUCGCCGGCGGACACGCGCAGGGACGAGCGCGCCGCGCGACGUCGCUCGAGGACGACUCCAGACAAACUCCGUCAAAUGAGCGGCACAGAAAGACCUAA